AACGACGAUUAACUUUAAGUACCAUUCAUUAACAUGUAGUGAGGAAAAUGUAAAAAAAUAAAAAAUCCAUGCCAAAAAAACGCAUUUUUAAGCAAUUAACGUUAAAGCUGUUUGUGCCAGUUUGCGCAGGCGUUACUGUAACGUCAUGCACAAACUUUUCGACUGUCACUCACCAGAAGACGAGGGACGCUGUGCCGCUGCACUACGUUAUAUUUUCUGUUGGAUGACUAACACUAACAAUUGAGCAACACAAAAAAUGUAAUAAAGCUAUAGACGUUGACUUUUAGAAAAAUCUGAUUGAAAUAAGAAGCUGAUGUUUUUCCGUGACAAAUGGCAAAUCGCGACCGUAACAAAAAGAUUCUGCUAGAACUGGCCAAACAGCCGGAUAACAAUCGCUGCGCGGAUUGUGGAGCGCCUGAUCCCGACUGGGCCUCAUACAAACUAGGAGUGUUUGUGUGCCUGAACUGCUCCGGGACUCAUCGCAACCUGCCAGCAGUGAGCCGGAUCAAGUCCAUACGGCUGGACUUCUGGGAUGAUGAGCUGGUAGAGUUCAUGAAGGCCAAUGGUAAUCGUUCAGGCAGUGCCAUCUAUGAGAAGGAAGUCCCAGCAUUCUAUUAUCGACCCCGGCCCAGCGACUGCGAGGUUCUGAGGGAGCAGUGGAUUAGGGCAAAAUAUGAACGGUUAGAAUUUACUGGAGAGAACAGUCUUCUCCAGCAGGUCUACACUUCAGGUGUCCGUGAACUAGUCCUCUGGAAAAAGGGGAAGGACAAUGGACAUUUUCAGAAGAGGAAGUUUGUACUGUUACUGGAAGAUUUCACCCUAAAAUACUUCAACAGGGAGGAUGAAUCAAAGGGCCCCAAAGCUGUAAUCUCGAUACAGGACCUAAAUGCUACUUUCCAGCCACAGAAAAUUGGCCAUGCACACGGCCUUCAGAUCACUUACUUGAAAGAGGCCUACACACGAAACCUAUUUGUGUACCACGAAAGUGGAAAGGAGAUCGUCAGCUGGUUUAACACCAUUCGAGCCAUGCGCUUUGCCUAUCUGAAGACAGCUUUCCCCAGUGCCAGUGAUAAUGAGAUACUACCUCGGAUUACUAGGAGCUACCUCAAAGAGGGUUUUAUGGAGAAGACUGGCCCUUCGCAACGAGAACCAUUUAAAAGAAGAUGGUUUGUCCUAGACGCUGUGGACAGAAAGUUGCUUUAUUUUAAAAACCAACUGGACGCUGAGGAGCUCGGCGUGGUGUUUCUCGGCACAGACAAGCACGGGUACUCGGUGAGGGAGAGUUCCGCUGCGGGCGCCCGGAGCAACAAGUGGAAGUGUGGCCUGGCAGUGGAGACUCCUGACCGCCAGUUCCUCUUCAUGUGUGAGCAGGAGCGCGAGAGGCGGGAGUGGAUGGAGGCCCUCAGACAGGUCAUCUCCACCCCCAUGCAGCCCCACGAUUACACUACUGAAGCAAGUAUCAGACGUCGAAGAUGACCACGGCAGAUCCAAAGACAAAUGUAUUUCCAGUAACUGAAUCCAAGUUUUAUCCUCUGAAGAGAUAUCCAGAGUUUACAAGUGAACAAAUAAUGUACCAUGUAUAUAUUUUUCACAAUGGUCACAUCCUGUGCUUUUGAUACUGAAGGAAGCAGAAUGCGGUCUAAAAUAAAUUGUUUAUUAAACCCUA